AUGGUCGAAGCACAACGAAGACGUGUGGAAGAACAAAUGACUCUCCUUAUCGAGUCAAUGGACAAAUUUCAUUUAAGGAAAAUGCAGGGUGAUAUGCAUCGCUGUGCAGCUAAAUGUUGUGAUAAUGAUAUGUAUACUGUCCAAAAAGUUCAGAAUUGUGUCCAAAGCUGUAGCGAACCUCUCAAUAAAGCUCAACAAUAUGUUCAAUCUGAAUUUGAACGAUCACAGAAUCGACUACAAAGAUGUAUAAUGGACUGUAACGAUAGAAUUAUGGAUAAAGUUGGACCUAAUCCAAGUCAAGAUAAGGUUAAUCAAUUAAAUGAUGACUUUGAGAAAUGUGCUACAAAAUGUGUUGACGACUAUUGCAAAUUUCUUCCCACUUUAGAAAAAACCAUGAAAGAAUUUCUUACGAGCGGAAAAUUCAAUCAAUAG